AAUAACGCGAAGCAGGUUAUAUAAGACGCUGAAAUAAGUUCCGAAUACAUUGUACCAUAUUCUGACUAUGGAGAUGGAAAACGAAGAUUUUUGGCUAUUUCUGGCAAGGGUGUCCUCGGAAGAUAUCAAGGAGGGAAUGAAGAAAGAAAAGAUUGGACCAGAUCUGAUAUCGCUUAUGACGGAUGAGGAGCUAUCGAAAUACAUCCCUUUACAUGGUGAAAGACUGAGAGUCCGAAAAUAUUUAAGAGAUCAAACUUCGACGAAAACAGGUGGAAAGCGUUCUAGUCUACUGAAAGUACUCCGGGAAAAGAUAGAAGGAAGACGGAAUCAAAAAGGGACGAAUAAUGUAACACAAGAAGAAAGAGAAGACAUGAGGGAAUCAAACAGACGUUUCGGAAACCGAAAUGCAGAAAAGGAUACACGAAAAUUGGAGAUUGGCUGGAUUCACAAGACAGAUGGGAAAAGUUUCCAAGUAAGGAGUAAAAAGGGAGGAGGAACAAGGAGACUGACACUUCGUAAAGAAACAAAUAAACAAACAUUGCUUGAGGAGGGUAAGAAGCUUUUUUUCCCAAAUGGUGUUUCUCAACACGGAAGGGAACAUGAAUUUGAUUUCGACGUUUGGGAUUACCAAGACCGAAGUAUGGACGAAGGUACAACGAUUGGUGAUAUGUAUAAAAGUACAAAGAUGCCAGUUUUGAGAUUUUAUCUUGCCUCUAUCAAAACUGUAAGGGAUAAUGAUAACUUGAUUCACAUGCCAGAUGAAGAACCGGAAGCAGAUGAUCUCCCAGAGCUGCAUAUUCCACAACGACGACCAGUAAAUGCACAACUUACGUCAUCAUCGACAGACAUGAUAUCAGAAGCCAUGCAGAUUGCUGGUAUCGAUACCAACUUUGAUAUUGAUGACGAAAAUAACUACGAAACCGCGGCAAAUGAAAAUAAAGACACAUUCACAAACGUAGACAGCGGAAACGAGAUAGACGUAACACCGAUACAUGUAACAUUGCACAGAGGUCAGGUCAUGAAGGAACUGAUUGAAGCUUUCAAGGCAAUAGAGGAUCCAUUGAACAAAAUCAUCAAGCCCCAACUGAUCAUGCCUAACGGUGAAAUGGAGGCAGCAGAAGAUGCCGGUGGCGUCACAAGAGAUGUAUUGACAGAGUUCUGGAAUUCAUUUUAUACAGAAUGUACACUAGGAAACACACAUAAAGUACCAUGUCUUAGGCAUGACUUCGGGGAAAUGGAAUGGACAGCGGUAGGAAGAAUAAUCACAUUUGGUUGGAAAGCUGUUAAGUAUUUUCCUCUUCAUAUUUCACCAGCAUUUAUGCAAUAUUGCAUAUAUGGGAAAUUGGAGGAAGACAUCCUAGACGCGUUCAUGAAAUACAUUCCCCAAAGUGAUGCAGACAUACUAAAGGCAGCACUAAAAGAUGUAAGUUCGGUAGAUCAGGCUGAACUGUAUGACAUUUUCACACAGCAUGAGCUCAAGCGGGUCCCAAGACAGGCCAACAUGGAACGGAUAGUACGCGAAAUGGCCCAUAAAGAAUUAAUUCAAGCCGCCAUGUUUGUCAUCGACUGUUGGAGCCCACUUUUAAAGAAGAUGCGUCUGCCAGAAAACCUACAGUCUCUUUAUGAGAACUUGGCACCGAAUCCAAGACGUGUGAUCAAGCUACUGAGAUUUCCAGAGGACAUGUGUGCUGAUGCUACAGCUACAUCUAAUCAUCUAAAACGCUUUAUUAGAGAGAUGGAUGCGGAUCUGCUAACGCGCUUCUUGAGGUUUUGUACCGGCACCGAUCUCCUCACUGAGGAAUGUAUCACAGUUUCAUUUGUCAACGUAGUUGGACUUGCACGUCGUCCAGUGGCCCACACAUGUUCCUCCUUGUUGGAACUACCAAAACAAUAUGAAAAUUUUUUGCAAUUCCGAUCAGAAUUUGUCUCAAUUUUGAAUGCCAAUAUCUGGGUAAUGGAUAUCAUAUAGAUAAAGGCUUAUGUCAAUGUGAACGUUUGUGUUCUAAACAUGUGUCAGGUAGAUACAAGGAAACGUGGUGGUUCAAAUUUCCAACACCAGAGCAUCUUCAAAAGGUAUUGUGGAGUUAAUACAAAUUUGUUACAUACUGUUUGUUUGGUUAUAAUAGUCAAACAUUUAUUUUAUCAAAUUAUUGUGAAUACCAAGGUAGUUUGAAAACCAUUAUGUUAUUGUCUUUUCAUAUCUUUCCGAAGUUUGAUAUGUAUCGCUAGAGAAGAUUUAUGUCUUGUUCCAUACUUUCCAUUGCAUGCUUUGUUUUUCACACACGGUUCAAGUUAAAAUACAGACAUGUUUACAGACUAAUUUCAUUUAAUUUGUCAAGAGAAAUUGUUUGCAUACUGUACAUUUUGUUACAUUAGUUACAUUGUAGUUCUAAAAUGAAAAUGUCACUUUGUUCAAAACACUAAGAAAGAAUAAAUCAAUGUACAAAAUCAGCAAAAGUUAUAACUAGAACUCAAAUUAAAAUGUCAUUGUGUUCAGAUGCAAAGUCAAAUAAGUGUUGACUAGACCUAGAACUAAAAUUUCUUUUUCUACCAAAACAAAUUUAAUGUACACUUGACCUCUGGCCAAUAACAACUUCAUCAAAAAUUGUGAAAUUGUAAAGUGAUAUGAUGUUACAUGAAUAAAAGUUAAUACAUUUUUUUUGGACUCUGUAUUAUCUUACAUUAUUAUUAUUGGACAAAGUUAAACACGUGCACAACGGACACAUGAACUUAAACACGACUAUCAUAUGUUGCUAUAUUGUAUUUAUGGAUUCUUUAGGUGGGGGGAGGGGGGUUUCGACUGACAUUUGUAAGGAGAGUCUUGUGUGACUGCCUUUGCGGUUACAAGACACUAAAUUACUGGUACAUAAUUGGUUAAUGUCAUUAUUUAUUACCAGCGUACAUAGAUGCACCUACUAACGUAUAGAUAUUAACAUACAGGUGUUAUGUUCUUAAGAUGAAACUACUGUGUAUACACAUUACACAAAUAGUAUUAAUGCUUUUAUAUUUCCAGUACA